AUGUACGGUAUUGCCUGCAAACAGAGAUUGCAAGAGCAAGGCUUCUUCGUCCAGAAUGGCGACUACUACUGUCCUUCCGACUACCGAGCGAAAUUCGGCAUCCGGUGUGCCGAGUGCUCACAGUACGUGGAGGGCGAUGUGGUGCACUUUUUGGGCGCCUCGUACCACCCGGAAUGUUUCAGAUGCACCUACUGCAAGAAAGAGAUCCCUUCUGGCAACAUAAACUACAACGGCCGCGAUCGGGCAUGCCAGCAGUGCACGAACAAGAUGGCGGCCGAGCUGAAAAUUUCCUCGUCGGUACCCGGUGAAAGUCAGACAGAUCUCGUCGACGGAAGGGCAUCCCCCGUUGGUAAGCCAUAG